UCUUCGUCAAAAUCUAUUCUCGAGGUUUAAUUGAAAUGUUUGAUGAAGGCUGUGUUCGAGAAACAUUUGAAUGAAAAUUGAAAUUUUGGAAAUAUUUGCGUUGUAUCUAGUUUAAUGAUGCAUAAAUUAUAAAUUAAUGUGUGUUUUUUUUUCGUAUAAUCCUCCAGAACAUCUUUAUUUUCAUCAAUAUCAGUUGUAAAUAUCAAUCACAUAUCGAGCUACACGCUACACAUAACGACGAAUCGUCAUCGAAAAUUCCUAUAGGAAUCGAUGAAAUCACUAAUCCGACGAUGCGGUUGUACGAUUGAUAAAUUUCAUGCUGAAAGCACUGCGUGGAGUCUGAGAUAACACUGCCGAAAUGAGAUACAUUACUCUAAGCAAUGGAAAUAUCAAUUUUAUUUUUGUGUCGAUGUUUUUGAUAACAUUUGUAAUAUUACUCAUUACCGAAAUAACGUUAACGACUUACUAUAAAAAUCACACUUUACACAUACAAACCUACGCAAGCUCAGGGGAAACAGAAAAUUUUGAAGAAUACACGUCUUAUAAGAACACAAACACAUUACUUCCACGAGAUGCAGUCUGGCAGCCAGUUGCAGGAACCACGUAUAAAUUUUACGUCUAUUCCGCAUUUUUGGAUAAAAGAAGUAAACGACAGUGGGUGAUCAGAGUGAUAGGUGCAACAAGGACGAAAUUCCACGAUAAAGCGAUCUGCAUUUACCAUUUCAAAGACAGCCCUGAUGAACGAAUGCCUGCUAAAGUCACAGCAAUCCGAGAGAACUGGAAUUUACCGUACAGCGCUGCUUUCAUAAUAUGCAAUAUAAAUAAUAAUUCUCAUAUACCGUCUUCAGUUUCAAUAUCCAUUUAUAAUAAUCAGUACUCUACGUAUUCGGAUGCUAGCAAUAAUUUACUAGUUCAAAAUAAUCCGGAUUUAACUCUCGAUCAAAACAAAGACAAGAUUGCCGUCUGUGUCAAACCUAUUCAUUAUAACUAUGAUAAGACUGUUCAACUGCUCGAAUUUAUUGAACUUAAUCGUCUACUAGGAGCCAGCCAUUUCACUUUUUAUAAUUCGUCGUUGUCGCCUAAUACCAAUUGUAUUUUAAACCAUUACAUAAAACAAGGAACCGUAUCUGUACAUUCGUGGAAUCUAAAUAUUCAAUCACAAGUUGAAAUCCGAACCGAAGGCAUGUUCGCAGCACUGAACGAUUGUUUGUACAGAAAUAUGUAUUCGUAUCCUUACGUCGCGUUCAUCGAUUUAGAUGAAAUAAUCACACCUAAAUUCAAUAAGACUUUACAAGAUCUCUUAAAAUGGCUCAGCGUCCGUUACAAUACCAACCAAGUAUCAGCUUACUCCUUCCAAAAUGCGUUCUUCUACAUGCAAUGGAACGACGACUCCAACUCAAACAACGCCAACGAAAUUGAAAAAAAUUUACUAUCGAUAAGAAAAACCAGACGAUGUCAGAAGCUCAAUCCUCAUACGCAACGAUCAAAAUACAUAGCCAAAGUUAAAAACGUCGUCGAAGUUGGUAAUCAUUUCGUAUGGCAAUUUUUACCAUUUCAAAAUGCAUUGAAUGUACCUUCGAACGUGGCUCUUCUGCAUCACUAUCGAGUUUGCGAAUUUGGCGGAGACGACUGUGUUCAUUUACCUUCUGUGGUCGAUCGCACAUUGCAUUCGUACAGACGCGAUUUAACCUGUAAAAUUGCUGACAAAUGGCUCCGUUUGAAUGAUCAAUGUGGUCUACCAAAACUGGAAAAUUUCGAUUACGAUGAGAUUUGCAAAGCAUGAAGUGGCUAAGAUCAACGCGAAACGCCAAGAUAGUCUUUCUUGAAAAAAAAAGUACCUAAUCGAUUCCAGGAACGUGCGAAUGAUGACUGUGAAAUCAUGAUAGAUAUUGCAGGGAAGUUGUUGACCAACUUAUUACAAGUUUGAUCCUUCCAUUAUAGUCUUAAUGUAGGCCUAUCGAGUUUAUAUCUUUCGAAGCUUUUCGGUGCUCGAAUUUUUUAAAACCUUUUUCUAGCUUAGAUGUAUAAUUUACCUUGUAAGUAUUUUCAAAUGCUCAUUUUUUUCAAUCAAAACUACCAAGUUUUAUUAAAUUACGACGAUGAAUUAUUAUCUAUUAAAAUAGCUUCGGGGGACUGUGGUGUAGAUGCAGAGACCGCUUGAAGCACAAAAAGCAAUAAUAGGUAAAAAGAAACUCACGUGUGUUCAUUUGAUUUUUAGGUAGCCUAUCAGGUUCUGAGAAUAUGAGCCAAAAUUCUAUAAUUUCUUUUUAAAAUGAUUCAUGAGUGAGAAAAAUUCGCCUAAAAUAAGUCUACUUUUUAUUUGUUUUUGUAAAAAAAUCAUGACUGAAAAUUAAUAUUGAGUCACAUAAUUUUAACUAUACAUAGUGAGGGAGGGGGGAGGAUUGGUAUGCUUGGACAAAAUUUUGAAUCAACAUUUAUGUUGAAAAAAAUAUUUGAACAGAAUUACGUAAUUCGAAGAUCAGCUUCGAAUUUGAAUUAGAUCUGGGUUUUUACUUUUUAGAUCUCAGUCACCUUAAUACUUACGACACAAAUUGUUUUCCAUUAAUGCAUUUCAUUUCUCUCAAAGCAGCCAUUAAAUCAUUCAAAUUGAAAAUAAUGGUCUGCUCGAAAACGUUUUCUUCCUAUUUCUCUCCUUUUCUUUGAAAUAAAAGGUUGUGCUAUUUUUAUAACUUCAAUUGUUCCUACCUAUACCUAUAAUACUUCCUGUAAAAUAGAAUCAAACUAAACCUAUCCAAUUAAUUGGGUACCUAUACUAUUUCGACUCAGUUCAUUUAUUUAGCAGACAAUUUUUUUUCAAAUUUAUUUAUGUACUUACUACGAAGGAUAUAGAUAUUUAUAUUUUGUUUUCAUUUUGAAAUGUCCUUUUUUUUGUAUGUAUGAUAGAGAUUGUUGCUACGAAGUAUAUUUGCAUUCAGAUAUGUAAUGGAAAUUUUUGUUUAAACGUAGACUACCUAUUUUAUAAUUUACCAAAAUAUUUUUGUAAAUCGAUUAUUAUGCAUGAAACGUAAUAAUUUCGUCGAUAUUUCUAAAAGUCGCCUCAUCGUGAAAUCCAGCACAAUGGCGGAUUUAAAGGAUAGGUAAUUUAUUUCGAUAUGAUAUAGAUAUAUAAGCCUUAAUGAGAUUUUGAUUUGAUACGAUUAGUUAUUUAUAGAUGAACCAAACACGUCGAUGCUUGAUGAGUUAACCCAUCUGGUACCUUUUCGAAUUUUAUUUCUGUGCCUUAAAUUUUUUAAGAGUUGCAUUCCUUAUUGAAAAUUGGUUAAAAAGUAAUACUUUAUGGCGUUUUUUUUUUAAUGAAAAAAUGGGACUUUUGAGUAAUUUAUUGAGAAAAAAUUGAUACUUUUUGGAAUUUUUUAGCCAGAAACAAAAGUAGGUAUUUGAAAAUUUGAAAAAAAUUUUGGUGUUUUAACUUUUGAAAACAUUUUGAAUGUUUUCGAAUUAGAUUUGGAAAUUGUGAAAUCAGUUUUGAACCAAGUUUCAUGAAAGAAAAGUUGAAUAGGUAUAAAACAAUAGAAACCUCUCACACUCACACCAACCUGACCCCGAAAGUUCUGUGUGGGAAACUAAUGGUGUUUUUUUCGAGUUGUUGGUUGGGUAAUUUAUGUGAAAAAAAUUGAACAAAAUCGAAAGGCACGAUUUCGAAAUCUUGGUCGAAUUGACACGGAAUGACCCCUGAAUAAAUAUAUUCGUCCAUGGUACCUAAUGGGUUAAAUUGAUGAUAUUUUAAUUCCGCCAUUGAUACUUAUUCGUAUAUUUGAAAAAGUGCCUUAUCUAAAUGUGUUUUGUUAAGGGCCUAUGAUAAAUGUGUUUACCAAAAUAUGUAUUUGAAUCGUCGAAUUAAGGCAAGAUUUUAAUUUUUAAUGAACUAAAUAUAGAUAAGCACCGUGUUCGCGAACAAAAAAUGUGGGUGUAGGUGCCUAUCAUUAACUGAAUUUGAAAUUAAGGUUGAUUUUUAAAAUUUUCCAUAUCUUUUUUUUAUAGAGAUUAUACUUUAUAGCGUGUAUAAAUUAAUUAAGGAAACAUUUUUAUCAUGACAAAUUUUUGUAAAGUUUUAAUAUUGUCUUCCUAUUUAUAUUUCUAAAUUUGUAAUCACACGAAAAAUAAAAUAGAUUCACACUUUUUUUUCUUAA